UGGAUAAGAAGCAGAGGAAGAGCGAGGGAAGGAACUAAAAAGAACGUCUUUUUUCGCUUCCUUCCUGAAUGGGAUUCUCUACAUCAACAAGUUUCUAUUGUAGUCGCUAUUGCAAUCUGGGUCUUGCCUGGAAAUCUUCUAGCUUGUUUGUUCAGUUGGGUUUCAUUCCAAAUGGUUCAAUCAAACCCACAAAAAUUUCUCCCUGUAAAUUCCCUCGGGCAUGCCUUUCUUCCCCUUCUUCGGAUCCUCUUUUGGUAAAGGCUGCAAGAGGAGACCCUGUAAAUCGUCCUCCUGCCUGGAUGAUGCGGCAAGCUGGAAGGUAUAUGGCUGCUUACAGGAAGCUUGCUGAGAAACACCCAUCUUUCAGAGAGAGGUCAGAGACAACUGAUCUCAUUGUGGAAAUUUCUUUGCAGCCUUGGGAAGCUUUCCAUCCAGAUGGAGUUAUUAUUUUCUCUGACAUACUUACCCCGCUACCUGCUUUUGGUGUCCCAUUUGACAUAGAAGAGGUGCGCGGUCCAGUUAUUCACUCUCCUCUUCAUCAUGAGGAGGAUUUAAAAGCACUACAUCCAAUUGACUUGGACAAACUACAGUUUGUCGGGGAGUCCUUAAAAAUUUUGCGCAGAGAGGUCGGGGAGCAAGCUGCAGUUUUAGGUUUUGUGGGAGCUCCUUGGACAAUUGCUACAUAUAUUGUGGAGGGGGGCACAACUCGCACUUAUACAAAGAUAAAGAGCAUGUGCCAUACAGCACCACAUGUAUUGAGGGCUCUUCUCUCUCAUUUGACUGUAGCAAUAGCUGAAUACAUUGUUUUCCAGGUUCAGUCUGGAGCUCAUUGUGUUCAGAUAUUUGAUUCCUGGGGUGGACAAUUGCCACCUCAUAUGUGGGAUAGUUGGUCAAAACCUUAUAUUGACAAGAUAGUAAGCACAGUGAGAACAAAAUGCCCUCAAACACCGCUAGUGCUCUACAUUAACGGGAAUGGUGGAAUUCUUGAACGAAUGAAACUAACUGGCGUUGAUGUUAUUGGGCUUGACUGGACUGUUGAUAUGGAAGAUGGAAGGAAACGGCUAGGAAAUGAUAUUGGUAUACAGGGAAAUGUAGAUCCUGCAGUAUUGUUUAGUCCUCUUUCUGCUGUGGCUGAUGAAAUUAAAAGGUACGUAAUGGUUGUUAAGUCUGCAGGGCCUAGGCAUCACAUUCUUAAUUUGGGCCAUGGUGUUCUUGUUGGGACACCUGAGGAAGCUGUUGCCCACUUUUUCAAUGUUGCAAGGAGCUUAAAGAUCGAUGAGAAAACUGUGGAGCAUGAAAAUAACGCACCUAAAACUGUAGUAGGAAGAUAGAAAUUCUGUGAAGCAGCGUAGAAGAGCACGAGCCUUUAACUUUUGCCUGCCUUUCCUUGCAGAAGUGGUGCCAUGCGUGCAGGUUUCAGCUAAUAUGUUAUGUUAGAUGAUGUUUAGGAGACAAUUCUUUGGAUUGGUUCUUGUGCUAUCCUGAUAAUACUCUUUUUAGCUUGUAGUAUCAGAAAAUUUUCGCUUCGAAUCUAAACUUUCGGCAUCUCUACUUA